GCCUGGUGCCUGCCUACAAGCUGGUCAACUCCCCCUGGUUUCUUAUCAAAAAAAAAAAAACUCCCCCUGGUUUCUUUCUUCGUGUUUCUGCUGCAGAAGGCUCCUUCCUCCUGCUCUGGGCUGGGAUGGGCUCCAGGGAAGCUCCUCCGAACAGCUCUCCGAUGAAAGGACCUGAUACUCCAUCUGCUAGUGCCAGCUCUGUGGCUAAAGAUGCCCUACUCGAACAGGUUGUCACUCAAUUUGUGGGCGAUGUAUGGAAGCCGGCUAAAAAACACAUUCGCUAUUUUCUCGAGCCUGAAACUCAUGUUCGUAAUCUGGAAAAAUCUGCUGAUGAUUUGAAAUACGCCAUGGAUAUUGUCCAGGGGGAAAUUCAGUUGGGUGAACGCCAAGGCAAGAGACCAAGGACACAAGUAUUAAGGUGGAUAGAUAGUGCUCAAUCACUCCGUGAUGAAUCAGACAGGAUCAAGAAUGAAUAUGAGGCAAGGAGAAAACAUGCGUUUGGUUACUCCUGGAACUUUACCUUCAACUACAGCAUCAGCAGCGCUGCCACCAAGAAACUUAUUGAUAUUGACGAGAUCAAGAGGAGAACUCCCCAGAAUGAUAGUAUCUUCAGCUUACUGCCACCAGCUGGCAAAGAGUUGCCUCUGCCACCUAAUAUUGUGGGGCAAAACAAAUACUUGGACGAGAUUAUUGGCUACAUUGAACAAGGCACCACAGGCAUCAUUGGGAUAUGUGGCAUGGGAGGGUCUGGCAAAACUACUCUCCUUAAACAAAUAAACAACAUCUUCAGCCGUGCUGCAGAAACACAUGACUUUGAUCACGUCAUCUACGUGGAAGUUGGCCAACAGCAAAACCUGUCGAUGGUUCAGCGGGAUAUUGCAUCCCAGCUUGGUUUAACGUUAGGGAAGGAUGAAAGCCCUGCAUCUAGAUCUGCAUCACUUUAUAAUUUCUUGAAGGAAAGUAAAUUUCUACUCUUGCUUGAUGAUCUAUGGGGAACACUGGACCUAGAGAAAGUUGGCAUACCACAGGGUUCCAGGCAAAUUGGCCCUCGAAAUAGGCAGCUGAUGAUAAUUACUACACGUUUGCAAGAAAUCUGUCAUUGUAUGACAGGGCAUGCUCAGAUAAUUUUAUUAGAAAGGCUGGAGCUCAAUGAAGCGUGGAGUCUAUUUGAAGCGAAUGCUGGCGCCAGAGUAAGUAACAAUGCUCAAAUCAGGGAUUAUGCAGAGAGCAUUGUGAAAAGGUGUGGAGGCCUUCCGCUUGCUCUUAAGAUUGUUGGUAAGGCUAUGGCAUCAAAAGAUAGCGAGCAUGAAUGGAAACAUGCUGUGAAGUUGCUUGAACAGUCGCAGUUUGACAAAGUUCCUGGAGCAGAAGUUGACCUAUAUUCUGUACUGUAUAUUAGUUAUGACCACCUGCCAGAUGAGAGGACAAAGCAAUGCUUUCUUUUAUUUCUAUUGAGACGUGGUACUAUAUCUGUAGUAACAAGAAUAAUUGAUCUUUGGAUGGGCCAUGGAUUACUAGAUGAAGACGAUGAUACUAGAAACAGUUAUUUGAGAGGUCACUCUGUUGUUGGAUGUUUAAAAAGAGCUUGUCUAUUAGAAGAAGAACCUCUACGUGAGAAGUAUUUGAGAAUGCAUGACUGCAUCCGGGAUCUGGCUCUUUGGAUUGUACAAACAAAACAAGGGGGCGGACCUCACAAAAAGUGGCUACUGUCUGACCGACAAAACCUGUAGAUCCAAAAGAGUGGAGCACUGCUGAAAGGAUUUGCCUAAAUGGAAAAUAUGGUAUGGAGAUCCCUGAUUCUUGCAGUUGCCCCCACCUAUUAACUCUCACAUUAUUCAGCAACAGUAAGGUUCACAAGGUUCCUGCUGGCUUUUUUGCAACAGCUCCAUCUCUCACUUACUUAGAUCUAUCCUAUACCGGUAUUCAAGAACUCCCAUCAGAU